AUGGAUUUUAGAGAGGCUUUUGUCGAGUUCGAAGAAGCCCAGGUUGUCAAAGGUAAGCAAAACCCUUUCUCUUACUCGUCCUCCUCGUCUUCACCCUCUUCUUCCACUUCUCAUCACCAACACACGGGCCUCUUUCCUGUUGGCAACGUCAGUAAUGGCCAGUGGGACACCCCGAUGGGAUCUUGGUUAGCCCACGGAUUCGACCGCGAAGCCGACGGCCGCUCGAAGCCCGAGCUCAUGGACGUAUCGCCGCCUCGAGAUGACGAGCAUUCGCGUCCCGCCGCUCCUGCACCGCCGAUUGAGAGGGAGCACAUGUUUGACAAGGUCGUCACGCCGAGCGACGUUGGGAAGCUCAAUCGCCUCGUCAUCCCGAAGCAGCACGCUGAGAAGUACUUCCCGCUCGAUUCCUCGACUAACGAGAAGGGCUUGCUCCUGAACUUUGAGGACCGCAACGGGAAGCCAUGGCGGUUCCGGUACUCCUACUGGAACAGCAGCCAGAGCUAUGUGAUGACCAAAGGGUGGAGCCGAUUCGUGAAGGAGAAGAAGCUGGACGCCGGGGACAUCGUCUCGUUCCAGCGCGGCGUCGGCGAGUUCGGCAAGGACCGUCUCUUCAUCGACUGGAGGCGGCGGCCCGACGCCCCAGACCCGCCCCCGAUGGCCGCCUUCCAACUCCCAGGCCACUUCUCAUUCCAUCAUCGGGGCUCCGCGACAGCAGUCCCUUGGGGCCCUCUGCUAUUGCGGCCCGGGGCAGCUGCAGGUGCAAUGCACAUGUCCGCGAGGGACCACUCACAAGCGUCGCACCUGGGUCCAUACCGGAACAGUUACGGAGGUGGCAGUGGUUGUAGUUAUGGUUAUGGUUGUGGGAAUGUGGUGAGCUUGAACGCUUGUCCAAAUUCGUCGUCGGUGUAUUACCAGCUCAGAUCGAGCAUCGGUGCAGGCAUAGCCCCAAGGCAAGUGUCCGCUGGGAUGGUGCAGGUUCCUCAAGGUGCGGAGGCGGUGGUGCCGGGGGAACGAGCCGGUAGUAUUCGACUCGGUGCCCGUGGUCCAUGGGAAAGUUGCAGCCAAGAGGCUGAGGCUGUUCAGGUGAACAUGGAGUGCCCGAUUUCUGAGUCCGAUGACGAGUGCGACAUACUGUCCUCAACCUCUAUAUCACAUGCUUCAAUCUCAUCGCAAGCCCACCAAAUGUCCUCCUCUUCUUCACAGCAGCCUCCUCUCCAAUUGAGGCUGUACAACGGUACGCCGUUGCCGACCAUCCAGGCGGAGUUCUUAAACAAGGGAAAGGCUUCGGUCUCGUCAUCCCUGGACUUGGAUAUUUGA